AUGAUCUCGCUGGAGCGACAUGAGCCACAGAUCGACUGGAAGCCGCAGUUGAUCUUUGUCAAUCCAGUCCAACUGAGUGUAAGCAAACGCAUGUCGCGAUCUCAUCUCUUUCUAGACAAACAUGGACAGUUGUUUGAGUUGGUGAACCAAAUAUUACCUCUUUGUAUUCGAAAAGAGAGACUUCAUGUUGAAUCAGCCAUGGUGCGUUUCUAUUGA